AGUUGCUCCUUAUUGUCAAAUCUGUAAAAAAUGAAAUAUUGUAUAAUUCAAACAAUAAAAAACAAAAGAAAUAGUGAGUGAUAGACAGAAAACAAAAGAAAUAGUGAGUGAUAGACAUCAACUGUCUCAUUUGCAUGUCACUGAGUUGUGCAUAUCACUGUUUUGUGAAAAAUAACCAAAACUUUAAAAUGUCAUACCUUUCUUAUUUUACAUCCAAUUUCGAUGAAAUUUUCAGCAUUAUGCUAGUUUGAUUUUUCUCUAUUUAUUCAAAUAAAAUUUUUUCUGAGGUGGACUUGACCUUUAAGGAGUGCAUUAUCAGAAUAUGGAAAUUACUUGUUUAGGGCACUUUUCGAAACUCCAUGGUCGGGCCUGAUAUCCACUUGUCAAUGGAAGUGGUCCCUGGGGGUAUAAACAGCAGUUCCAGAACCACGUUUGCGAUCGACGUUCUGAAACGACAUUUGAAAAUGCUGAUUGUGUCUUCGAAAUGGAAGCAUAAACAUCGUCUUAGAAAAUCUAUUUAGCUGCUGCAUUGUUCAUUUAGAUGAUGCUAAAAAAUGAUUUGAAAUAAUUUUUCGUGAAAUAUAAAUACAUUUGAAAUAACACAUCUGACAUGACACAGGGACUUAGUAUUGUGACAGCAUAUUAGAGGGGCCUACGAGUACUGGUUUCAUCUAAAUAUGUAUGGUACUGUAUUAUUAUGUUGCCUGUAUCACAUUCAUCUAGAAUUGAUAACCUGGGCUCAUCAUUGUAACUGAUUCCCUUUUUGUCUCACCUGCAUAGCAGAGUGAGACUAUAGGCGCCGCUUUUCCGACGGCGACGGCGGCGGCGGCGUCAACACCAAAUCUUAACCUGAGGUUAAGUUUUUGAAAUGACAGCAUAACUUAGAAAGUAUAUGGACCUAGUUCAUGAAACUUGGCCAUAAGGUUAAUCAAGUAUUACUGAACAUCCUGCCUAAGUUUCAUGUCACAUGACCAAGGUCAAAGGUCAUUUAGGGUCAAUGAACUUAGACCAUGUUGGGGGAAUCAACAUCAAAAUCUUAACCUAAGGUUAAGUUUUUGAAAUGUCAUCAUAACUUAGAAAAUAUAUGGACCUAGUUCAUGAAACUUAUACAUAAGGUUAAUCAAGUAUCACUGAACAUCCUGCAUGAGUUUCACGUCACAUGACCAAGGUCAAAGGUCAUUUAGGGUCAAAGAACUUUGGCCGAAUUGGGGGUAUCUGUUGAAUUACCAUCAUAACUUUGAAAGUUUAUGGAUCUGAUUCAUGAAACUUGGACAUAAUAGUAAUCAAGUAUUACUGAACAUCCUGUGCAAGUUUCAGGUCACAUGAUCAAGGUCAAAGGUCAUUUAGGGUCAAUGAACUUUGGCCAAAUUGGGGUAUUUGUUGAAUUACAGCCAUAAAUUUGAAAGUGUGUUGGUCUAGUUCAUAAAACUUGGACAUAAUAGUAAUCAAGUAUCACUGAACAUCCUGUGCGAGUUUCAGGUCACAUGAUCAAGGUCAAAGGUCAUGGAAGGUCAAAGAACUUUGGCCACGUUGGGGGUAUUUGUUGAAUUGCCAUCAUAUCUCUAUAAGUGUAUUGGUCUAGUUCAUAAAACGUGGAAAUAAGAGUAACCAAGUAUCACUGAACAUCUUGUGCGAGUUAUAGUAGUUUUCAAAAUCAGCACUGCUGCUAUAUUGAAUCACGUGAUGCAGGUGAGACGGCCAGAGGCAUUCCACUUGUUUAUGAAUAAAAGGUGAUUAAUGAAAACAAAUUGGGAGGUACUAUAUGUACAUUAUUGUCAUGAUUAAUUCUUUUUGUCACUGACCCUGUAUAGGAAAGCAGCAACAGUAAUAAACCAUGAUUACCUGUCAUUUGUUGUGUACUAAUAAGUAAAUAAAUUCUGUAUUUUGGACAUUAUUUUGUGUAAAAAAGGGAGAUUAAACCAUUCUAUCAUCUCAUGAUAUUAAAGAUUAAUCUGUAUCUAUAGACUUGAAACUAUGAAUAGUGUGCUGAGAGUCCUUCUUUCCCUUUAUUUCCAAAUCGAAUGACGCAAAACCCCUCUGUUAAUCAAUUGUGCAAAUAAUCAGCAUACAGGUCAGUAUCUGCUUUGUUCUGGUUAUUACAUAACAGGGUAAAGAGAAAUGAGCCCUUGAUUAGUGAUUAGCACUAAGGAGAGUGGUGUUGUUAAAGUCUAUUACAUCUCUCUGAAUCUCUUAUUUCCUCUUGAAUAUUCCCUUUAAUGAAGCACAAAUUAUAAUGAGAUCCAGAGAGUACAGAAAUGAAUGGGAGAGAAAGCGUGUAAGUGUUGGUAGUAGGCCUAUUGACUUUCAUUAUUUUGGAAAAUCUCAUACAAAAAUGCAUAUUGCAUUUUUGUAUUCAUGUCAAUUAGGGCGUGUUUAUGCUUCCACUUUUCAUAUGUGAUUGGUCCAAAACACGGUUGCGUCCAUGCUUAAUUUCAUUUAAACGACGUUCAGAACGCCUAUCGUAAAUUAAAAAAAAGGUAUGUUUCAAAACGUUUGAUCAGAAUCAGGGUUUCUGGGGAAGUACAAACAGAACCACGAUCGUAAACGUGUUUAAAUGACGCUAUUUGGUACAUGCUUCCGGUGAGAUAAAAAUACGCAGGCAAAUACAAUUAUCGCGUGGUUCUAUAACGGACUUACCUCCACGAAAUUACCUCUCAUUUCCUUGGUUCUAAUCAUGACCAAUGUACAUUUGCAAUUAUUAAGUUAAGUCUAUCACUUACUACUCAUCUAAUUUGUCAUCACGAUGUAUGUUGAGGGAUUUACAAAAAACCUGUAACAUGAGUUAUGAUGAGGAGACAUCUCUGAGCCAGUAGCAUGAACAAUUGAAUAGAUAUCUUUUUAUUUGUUAUGUGUACUUUGAUAUUCUUUAUUUUGUCUUAUUAUCCUCACCAUGGUAGAAAUUGUAUGGCUAUGUCAAGUAGCUCCAUGCAAUCUCUAAAAGAUUGGAAAUUGUUCGAAGUUUAAAUAACAACACUUGGAAGAAAAAACUGGCGCGCCCAAUUUGACCUUGCUUUUCUGCUCAACGAAAAUUAACGAUGUGAAACCUGCUGCAAAUUGCGAUUUUGCCUCUGAAAAACGAAGCAUAGACAGCACUUCCAGAAUUCCGUUUGUGAUCGGCGAUCUGAAAUUACCUUUGAAAACGCUGAUUCUUUCUCUGCAAUGGAAGCAUAAACACACCCUUAGAUGUAAAUAAAAAAAAGGAUGGGCCUGUUGCCCUAUGGUAGUUGAUUCUCUUUUACCUUUUUCUGUUCGUUAAUUAGUGAAUGUUAGAGGCCAUAUUGGACCAAUGUGAACUCAAUGGAUGCUCCUUAAUCAGUGGGAAGAAAAUACACAAGAAGAGAGGAAUUUAUUUGCUUCCAUCUCUAAAAGCUUUCAUUCAAAAGAUUUAGAUUGGAAAGGAAAAUAAAUCAUGAAUGUAAACAAGAUAGACAUUCAGUCUACAUGGGCUUCUUUUAGAAUUUGUUAUGCUCUUUCAGGGAAUGUUGGGCCAUAAAUAAGCGCCAUUAAAGCCUGAAUUUUUUUAAAGAAUCAAACAUAAUAUUGGAAAGAGAAGAAAAAAUGCAUUUUUGUCUCACCUGCAUAGCAGAGUGAGACUAUAGGCGCCGCUUUUCCGACGGCGGCGGCGGCGUCAACACCAAAUCUUAACCUGAGGUUAAGUUUUUGAAAUGACAGCAUAACUUAGAAAGUAUAUGGACCUAGUUCAUGAAACUUGGCCAUAAGGUUAAUCAAGUAUUACUGAACAUCCUGCCUGAGUUUCAUGUCACAUGACCAAGGUCAAAGGUCAUUUAGGGUCAAUGAACUUAGACCAUGUUGGGGGAAUCAACAUCAAAAUCUUAACCUAAGGUUAAGUUUUUGAAAUGUCAUCAUAACUUAGAAAAUAUAUGGACCUAGUUCAUGAAACUUGUACAUAAGGUUAAUCAAGUAUCACUGAACAUCCUGCAUGAGUUUCACGUCACAUGACCAAGGUCAAAGGUCAUUUAGGGUCAAUGAACUUUGGCCGAAUUGGGGGUAUCUGUUGAAUUACCAUCAUAUCUUUGAAAGUUUAUGGAUCUGAUUCAUGAAACUUGGACAUAAUAGUAAUCAAGUAUUACUGAACAUCCUGUGCAAGUUUCAGGUCACAUGAUCAAGGUCAAAGGUCAUUUAGGGUCAAUGAACUUUGGCCAAAUUGGGGUAUUUGUUGAAUUACAGCCAUAAAUUUGAAAGUGUGUUGGUCUAGUUCAUAAAACUUGGACAUAAUAGUAAUCAAGUAUCACUGAACAUCCUGUGCGAGUUUCAGGUCACAUGAUCAAGGUCAAAGGUCAUGUAAGGUCAAAGAACUUUGGCCACGUUGGGGGUAUUUGUUGAAUUGCCAUCAUAUCUCUAUAAGUGUAUUGGUCUAGUUCAUAAAACGUGGAAAUAAGAGUAACCAAGUAUCACUGAACAUCUUGUGCGAGUUAUAGUAGUUUUCAAAAUCAGCACUGCUGCUAUAUUGAAUCGCGUGAUGCAGGUGAGACGGCCAGAGGCAUUCCACUUGUUAAAAUUGAAUUCUGUUUGAAAGGGAUAGUCAGCCCUGAAAAUCAAGAAGCACUUAACUGUGAAAGUUUGAGCAGAUUCUAUUCAAUGCUACUUUUAGGAGCACAAGGUGGACCCAAGAUCAGGCCAGACGCAGACCUGAGAAGUGCUGAAUUAGGUAGUACAAAUGCCUGAGCUCAAAUUUCCUGCGUGGUCAAAAUCAAAGGUCUAUCGUUAAGCAAGCAAACCGAUUUGCUAGUUAUGAUUCAUUCAUUAAAACAUCAAUUUUCUUUUAUGUGUAUAUUGGAUCAUUUGCAUGUUGAUAAUAGAGUUAUUCAUUUAUAUAUCCUUAAAAAAACUGUAAUGCUUAAAACAUUAAUAACCAAACAAUGUUUCUAAAUUCCCCCAUUUUCUAUUUUAUCAUUUUUACAGGGGUUGCAAGUCCACCGUCUCAUCCCCCGCUUCCAAAAAAGCCAUCCCUUGCCCCGAAGCCAAAAGUACUUGCUGUAACAUCACAACACAACACACUCAUAGAAGGAGAGAGCAUUGAGAGCAUCUGCAGUUCUUCCUCCUCAGAUGCAAUUACCAAUGACUCCUCUCAUGUAACGCAAGAAAUACAGGUACAGGCUAGUACCCCUGAAACUUCUAAAUCCACUGGCAACCCAAGCAGGCCAACUCCAAAGCCACGGAAGACUAUCAACUUAAACGCAAAUGGCACUCCAAGUGAGGUUGCACCUAGUCCUCGACCUCGAGUGCUGCCAAAACGCAAUGCCCCUCAACGAGAAUCAGAACAAUCUACACCUGCAGAAGAGUCAUCAGUAUCCUCAUCAUCCACAUUUCUCAAUGGUAAUGAAAAAGAUGUCACUAAUAGUUCCCCUCCAAAUACUCAGGAGAGACCAAACACACCUGUCAGAAGAUUGACAUUGGGUUCGUCUGAUUUUACUCCUAAGGUGUCUCCAAGAAAUCCUAAAUGGUCUCCUGUACGAGGUCCAUUGCAACGUUCUAAUUCUUCCACAUCAGAUUAUUCUGCUUCUUCUAGCACAAUACUUGAUGUGGAUGUGGACACAAAGUCAGAUAAUCUAACACCAGACACCAAAGCUAAUGGGCAAAAUAUAUCAUUGACAGAUACACUGAUAAAAACUGAGAACAAAGAUGAAGAUGCAAGUUCCAGUGUGCCUACACAUAGACCAAAGCCAAAUGUUAGUCCCAAGAAGCCUAGUCUUGCUCUACUCUCGAAGAGAAAGACUAUGUCUUCCAUUGGUCACAUUUCUUUAGAUAAAGAUAAUGAAAAGUUACUUUCUGAGAAUGGCAAGAAAGCAGUACCUCAGCGCCCAUCUUUGCCACCAAAGAGACUUUCUGCAAUACCUAUUCAAAAUGGCUCUUCUUCCCAAUUAACUGGGAAAUCAAAAUCUCAUGCACAGGAAUUGCCAAAGGAGGAUCCUCCACAAAGUAAUGGCAAUAAAACACAAGAGCUUUCAGAAGAUGUGUCUUCCAGUAGUGAAUCAACGAACAAUAACUCUCCAGCAACCAAGGAAAGUGCUGAGCAAAAUAGUACUGUUAAAUCAACAAAAUGUGAGUCAACUUCUGCAACAAUUUCAGGAACUAACAUCAGUAAACCUGCAGAGGAUUCUAAGGCCCCUCCGAUUCUCCCCAGGAAAGCUAUCCUGCGCAAUCCUGUAGCACCACCAAGACGUGUUAAGAGUAUGUCCGAGAGUGAUCCUAACUCUGAGUUGAGUACUGAUAUGAAAAGAAAUGGAGGUUUUAAUAAUGAGAGGUCUUGCCAACAAAAGUCACUGGAGAGCCAAACAAAAUUGCAGAGCGAAGGAGAAGAGAAAACUGAAGACAAUAGUAACACCGAAAGGAGUACUCUGAAGAGAAAUAGGAGAGCUGUGAAGUCUUGUGAUCCACUAGCUUUUGAGAAUGUGAAGCCUUUCAAGGAUAAACCAAAUGUUCCUAAUGGUGAGGUUCAACAGAAAUCGAAGCCACCAAGGCCUCCUCCACCAAGUAAACCUUCAGGACUGAUUCAUCAAACAUCGCUUCAAGGGCCACCUCCUAGACCAAAACCAAUUAGAGCCAAAACCAUUGAUGUAACAUCACAUGUGAAUGAAAACUUCAAAUCAACAUCAAAUAAAACACACAAUCAAAACUCACCAUUAAGAAGCAAGAAAAUCCACCAGGUCACCUAUGAAAAGUUUGACUGUUCGGAUUGGGAAAUUGUUGAUAUAACACCCCAACAAAAGCAGAAGAUUGAUGAAAAGGGAAGAGAGAAAAUUAUUUCCAGUGAGUUCUUUGAAGAUGUGGCAGCUCAGAAGUCAAAGAGUGAUGCUGAAAUUGAACCAGAGUUAAAACAGUCCUCAUCAAAGAAAUCUAAUGAUGAACAACUACAACAACCUAAACAAUUGUCUAAAGGAGAAGAAACCAUACUGACAAAAGUAUCAGAAACUGAAAAUCAGCCAGAAGGAGAGGCAGUGUCCCAGCUAAAGCUAAGAAAGGCACGACCUCCUGUACCAGCUCAGAGAAAUUCCAUUGAGGGAAGCCCUGUCCACAAACCAUCCUCUACUUCUGUCCUUGAAGAAAAGGAUGUAAGUUUCAAUGAUGGCAACUCACAGGAGAUCAAUGGACGUCCUUUGAGCCAAGGAAGUCCUAUAAAUGGACGUUCUCCUAACUCGUCUCCGAAGAAGAUGCUGAAAGACAGGGGAAGAGGCUCCUCUCCAAGGAGACCUAGUUGUCCUCCGCCUCCUCCACCUGGUGUACCUCAACCAAAUGUUGCAACACCGCGUGCACAGUCACCAUCUCCAAAGAUAACACCAGCUCAGCCGAAGUCUCCAACUCCUUCAGAACUUUCUCCAGCCAUCAAACCAAAGAGACCAGCUCCUCCAAGACCAAAUGCUCCUCCAGUCAAAAUGUCUCCAAAUAGCCGUAGUAAUUCACCUAAGCCUGCUCUGCCCCAAAACAAUGAUGCUGAGGAAGACCAAAACAACAUUUACUCCGAAGCAAAUGUUAACUUCCAGAACAGGGAUGAUGAUGAUGAAGAUUCAGAAACAUCCAGUAGAGACCAUGACUAUGAACUUAUCCCAGAUCCCAGGAGGACACUUACCAGAAACUCGGAGCCAACCUCAUGCAGUGAUGGAGAAACAAGAAAAGAUAGCUCUAGUAGGGCGAGUGGGUACAUUGAUGAUGGAUUAUACUUAGAACCCAACCAAAGAGAAGAUGAGGAACUUAAUGAUAAUGAGUAUGUGUAUCCCGAAUUCAUGCCUGCAAAUAACAUUCCAAUCUCACCCCCUACACCCCCUCCUAACCCUGAACUAGACCCAGUUUUUACCCAAGAACACCCACCUGUGGUACCUAAAAAUCGUCUCUCGUCUGGAGCUAGGAGGAAAGCACCUCAAAAACCCAAGAGAUCUCCCAGUGUUCAAUCUGAUGCAUCUUUUGAUAGCCAUAGUUACUAUGACAUGACAGGUGGCAUGGAGCACAUUGAAAGGUAAUAAUUAUCAAGUUCAUUUAAACCUAUCUUAGUUUCUUCCACUUCUUUUCCUAUGUUGUAUUGACAUCUUGUUGAUGGAAAUUCUCUUUUGUCUUUAGGCCGACCUAUUUAUCAGGACUUUGUGGUUUUUUCAUAGAGUACCUUUACUUUUAGUGGUUAUCAUAUUAUUACAAAUGUAGCAUAUUGUUUAACUUCCUUAUUAAAGGUCAAGUCCACCCCAAAAAUGUUGAUUUUAAUCAAAAUAGCAAAAUCAAACAAGCAUAACGCAAAUUUUUUUAUCAAAAUCGAAUGUGAAAUAAGAAAGUUAACGAUAAUUUAAAGUUUCGCUUAUUUUUCACAAAACAGUUAUAAUGCACAACUCAGUGACAUGCAAAAGAGAGUGUUGAUUGUGUCCCUCACUCACAAUUUCAUUUGUAUUUUCUCGUUGGAACUAUACAAUAUUUCAAUUUUUACAGAUUUGACAAUAAGGACCAACUUGAUUGAACCGAAAAUGUUAAAACAAUGGUACUAAUACCACAUGUUCAGGCAGGAAUCAAACUUUGUUUUUCAGGAUAAUGGGAGAAAAUUUGAAUAUUUCAUAUUUCAUAUUUAACAAAAUACAAAAGAAAUAGUGAGUGAGUAAUGUCAUCAGUCCCCUCAUACCAACCAGGAUGUGACUAUAAUUGUUUUGUGAAAUUAAGCAAAACUUAAGAAUGUCAUAACUUUCUUUUUUAACAUCCGAUUUUGAUUAAAUUUUCAGUGUUAUUCUUGUUGGAUUUUUCAAUUUUAUUCAAUUCAACCUUUUAUUGGGGUGGACUUGUCCUUUAAAGAAAAUCAUUGUGACUAAAUGGUUUGAAAAGAUGACAAUUUGUUUCAAUUUUGGAAAUGGGGUCCUUCCUAUACCGUACAUUAUUUGCAACAUUAUCCCUUUACCCUUUUCUCAUGAGACAAAUUUUCCUUAAAUAUAAAUUGUUGCCCACUAGGAUGGAAUCAUUGCAUCAUAAGGGCUCUUUGAGAUGGGGAAAAGGGACACUUUUAUUUUAAUGAAUAGGCCCAGGGGGCCACUUCCAUUGACGAGUGGAUACCGUGCGUGACCAUAGGGUUUCGAAAAGCACCCGAAACAAGUAUUUUCCAUGUUCUGAAAAUGCACCCCUUAACAAGUAUUGGCAUUUGAAACUCUACCCUUCAGGAGUAUUGGAAACAAAACGGUACCCUUGACGGGUCCUUGACAAGUAUUCCCCGAAUUGAACCCCUAAACAAGUACAACGAUCACGGACAUCAGCUUACCUGUAGUUUCAUUGGGUUUAGUAUCACCCCACACACCUCGCUCAAAUUGGACCCUAAACACAUCGUGAUGGGGCAAAAAGUACAUCCUUUCAUCAUAAAUUAUUUUAGUCUUAUUAAACCCUUGUAAAUUGGACCGUAAACAGGUAGGUUUCCUCGCGAAAUAUAUACCCUUUUUAUACACUCGUCUAGACGUGACGUAUUAUGGUAUCACGCUCAGUGUCCGUCAGUUAAAUUUUCCUUGUAAACGCAAGAACUUAGUCAGUCCGCAGCCCGUCCGAAAGUUUUCUAUUUUAUUCAACGGUAUGCAUAACCGUCCGUGGUUAUGCAUACGUAAUGAGCUGUGAAGACGAACUUUUCGAUCAGUGUUUUUUGCUCUUAGAAUCGUUUAUUCCUCACAAAAUUGGUCUUAUUUUAUAGAUAAAACUUUGAAAUUUCUGAUCAGUUAAAUAAAAUGCACAUUUAACGUAUUUUGAAGACCGAUAUUUAGCUUAGAAAAAAUGAUUUUUUCAAGAAAUAUAUGUGAAUAGAUGGAGCAUAUUUUUGCAUAGAAAUCACACUUGCAUCAUUAUAAUCAAUAUAAAGCGUAGACAUUCUUCUUUA